GAUUAAUAUUAACACAAAUAAAUCUCUAUUAAACAUGGAGAAAAGGGUAGUGGUGUAAUGAUGGAGUAACAUAAUUACAGAUUUAGUUUGUAACUGUGAGAUUAACGCUAUUCUUUGUAAUAAAAACAUUCAUUAUUUCACCUAAUUAAUCUAUAUAUUCACUGAAUAUGGAAACAAAAGUAGUGGUUGGUGUAAUCAGUUUCGUGAUUUGCAUCAUCGGUGCGCAUGCUCAAACGAUGCCGACCGGAUGUAGCUACGAUUCUGGGAGAUAUAUAUGCGACUAUACGACCCUUAGCGGAAGUAGUCUGAUACCGUUACAAGCGUCAGGGUUUAGUCCCAUCCCACAGAGAGUGAAGCUUGUUGGUUUACCAUCAACGCUCAACAGCGCGGUCUUUGAUACGGACUUCGCUUCUAUAGAUAAUUCUAGUUACGACACGAACUAUCCGGCCUCACUGGAGUUAGCUUGUGAGAAUGGAGGUUCGCUCUCUGUCGCCUCGGGGUUUCUGGCAAACAUGGGACACAUCGAGGACUUUAAGAUCACUAACUGUAACCUAGGCAACAUCCCUGCUAAUGCUUUCAGCGAGCUAGGGACGGUUGACCGAUUUAUGAUUGAGAAUGGAACAGUAAACGAAUUUGGAAUGAGUUGUUUAGAUGGACUAAAUAUUGCACGUAACAGCUCGGUAUUUCCAUCGUUUCCAAAACAACACGGAGCAUUGAUCAUUAAAAACACAAAGUUAACCAGCGGAAGUUUGCCUACCGACUUACUAACUGGGAAAACUGACCUGUAUGAAGCCGUCUUUAGGAACAUGAACCUGACAACAAUAGACUCAGCGGUGUUUGGUACUGGCACUAGUGAGAACAUCCGGUACCUGGACUUGAGCUACAACUCCCUCACAUCUUUACCGAGUGAUUUGUUCUCCAAGUUGACAAAUCUAGGUGUGAUAUACCUGUAUGGUAUGGACAUUGACUGUAGUUGCUCUAACCUCUGGUUCAUGAAGCAUGCGCACGAGAACUUUCUCACACUAGAAGGCGACAUUGUUUGUAACAGUGACAAAAAACUUGCUUGGGCGUUCUAUUAUUCCAACUGUGUGGAGGAGGUAAAGGCUUGCUCUAGUGGAGUUGCACUACUUGGCGGAUGUUUAACACCCAUUGACCUUACAGGAUUUUCUAUCGGGUUCAUAGCGUUUGUAAUGGGAUGGGUGGUUCUUGGUCUCGCUAUUCACACAAGGAAACAGUUGAACCCAGCCAAAGGUAAACCGAGUAGAAAGCCGGGUGCCAAGCGAGCGGCGCCGCCGAAGAAGGCACCAAAAGCUGGAUGGACAGGGCCCACACAUUGUUCGUACUCAGACGGUGUGUACGAAUGUAAUUAUGAUAAGAUGACGUCACUAUCAUACCGACCAAUCCCUUUCGCCGACUUUAGUACGCAGCCGCAGCAACUUAUACUGAACGUCAAUGGUUUACUCCCGUAUUUCGGAGAUAGUAGAAUCUUCAACUCUGGUUUCUCGGGCAUUGACGAUACAUUGUUUGACGAUAAUUAUCCCGCCUGGCUUGAAGUAAACUGUGGUUGGGGAGGUUCGGCUUAUAUAGAGACAGGAGCCUUUGACGACAUGCAAUACAUACAACAUUUAAAGAUAAAGAAUUGUGAAAUAUUCUACAUCAACGUGGACUCAUUUGAUGCGUUUCAAGAACUGGAUUAUUUUGGUAUAGAAGGAGGUACAAUAGACACUAUAGAAUCACUUGCAAUGGAUGGAUUGACCGUACAAAAAUUAACUUCCGCCACUCAUCAGUUUCCAAGACUACAAGGGAAAUUCGAAGUUGUUAAUUCAAAGUUUCUGUAUGGAGUUGUCAAUACAGGAUUGUUAACAUAUUUUACCAAUGUAACCUCCAUUACAUUGAGGAGUGCAGGGAUAUCCUACCUCUCUCCGAAUCUGUUAAAAGAAAACACUUUGGUUAGACUUGUUGACCUAAGUGAUAAUGUGUUUACAAAAUUACCAAGUGAUUUUUUGUUCUACCAGACCGCACUUAGUGAAAUAACACUAUAUAAUAUUGACUGGGACUGUACAUGUGACCUACUCUGGUGGGUGGAGUAUUCCCUGAGUCAGAACGUUACAGUAAUAGGUGAUAAAAUGUGCAACAAUGUUCAAGGAACAUCGGUAUUAAAGUACUAUUACGAUAAUUGUGCCACAGCAAACCCGUGCGAAGGACAAUCAGGUGUUGCAGUAGGAGACAAAUGUCAGACAGUUUUAAGUAUUGUAAUCAUGUGUCUGUCUAUAAUCGCCCUCGCCAUAACGUCCACCUCGUUAGUGUUGUUGAUAAUUUAUCGUAACAAUAUACAUGAUACGGACGACUCAGAUCCUGUCAUGCAAGAACGACUUAAAUUAAAAGCUCGACAAAGAUGGAGAAAAGCUUUACGACAUAUAAUAUAUGCUAGAAGAAAGGGGAAACCGUUAUAUGAUCUAGCAUCAGAAGGAAGAACUAUGAGCAUACCCGACGAGACAAGGUCACCUCCUCGGCGUAAUAGUAAUUAUAGCGGAUAUGGAAAUUCUAGUUUUGGUUUGUCUGGUAUAGGAAACUUUAGUUAUGAAAGUUCCAGCAUGGGAAAUUCUAGUUAUACUGAUUUCUCGAGCCCAGAAGACAUGAGGGGGUUCCAGAGGGGGUUCAGAUAUACGGAACUGUAAUCUGAAUCACGCGUCUCCAUCUGAAAUUCCAACAACAAGAACAAUAACAACAACAACAAUAACAAUAAUAAAACAUCAACAACAACAACACUAAAAUUAACAAGUGUUUAAUUAACUGUAUUUCUGUACUUUUUACCAUGUUGUAAAUAUGAUCAUAUAACAUUUGCUAUCAAAAUA